AGGUCACGGGCGUGCGCACGGAGCCGCCGGAGAACCCUGUGCCCCCGCCUUCGCCCAUCUCCUUCCUGCAGGUGGGCGCCUCCGCUCCCGACGCCGGCUCGCGCGCCCUGGAGCUGCUCCGCCGCACCGCCAGGGCGACCAAGUCGCAGGCUCUCGAACGCUUCGCCCAGGAGGUCUCUGCACACCUCGGUGGGCCUUUCGACGAGGUCAACAACAUGAUCGAGAAGAUGAUCUACCAUCUCAUGGGUGAGCAGAAGGACGAGGACGAGCACAAGAACUGGUGCGACCUGGAGAUCAACAAGACUGACCAGUCCCUUGCCGACAAGCAGGACAAGAUCGCGGAGCUCCAGGCCAAGAUCGAUGAAUCCGAGGCGUACACGCAGCAGCUGGGGGAGGAGAUCGUGGCGGCCAACGAAAUGGUGGCGAAGAUCGAGAUGCACAUGAAGGAGUCGGCCGAGAUCAGGGAGAUCGGGAAGAAGGAGAACGCGGUGGCCACGAAGGACGCCCAGGAUGCGCAGACCGCGAUUGCGAACGCCAUCGCCGUGCUGGAGACGCACUACAAGGAGAGUGGAAUGAUCGAGAAGGAGUCGUGGGAGCUCAUGCAGACCAAGAGCCGCCAGCCGGUCGAUCUCCCCGAGACGCCCAGCACUUGGGACGCCGGGUACACGGGGGUCAAGGACCCGAUGGAAGCAGGCUCCGGCAUCAUCGCGGUGCUCCAGGCGACAAACGAGGAGUUUGCCAAGAUGGAGGCCGCCACGAAGGUGCAGGAGGAGAGCGACCAGAAGUUUUACGAGGAGGAGAUGAAGGAUUGUGACAUCGAGAAGGCCACGCGCAUGAAGGAGGCAGAGGUCAAGGAAGAGGAGAAGAAGAGGCAGGUCGAGAAGACCGCGACACUCAGCGCCGAGAAGAAACACGUCGAGGAGGAGCACGAGGUGACCACCCAGUACCUCAGUGAUCUGCAGAAGGCAUGCGUCCAGGGCAGCUCCACCUACGACGACCGGAAGGCCGCCCGCCAGCAGGAGAUCGACGCCCUGCACCAGGCGAAGGACAUCCUCGCUGCCUGGAAGGCGCCCGCGCCGGCGCCCGCUCCGGCGGCCGCGCUCCUGCAGCAGAGGCAGCAUCGCCGGGCGCUGCGCCGGGCGUGAGCGCGGCGGCGGGCGCGGCGGUGGGCGCGGCGCGGCGCGG